AUGGAAAUCCCAACGGAUCACCACAAAAAAUCACCCUCCGACGAUCCUCCGCCGGGGGCCGCCGCCCGAUACCCUCACUGGGUUUUGCUCGAGAAAAGCAAGAGCCGCGAGGAUGCCGAUGCCGAGACCGUGGCGUACGCUCGCACCCACCAUGGCCGCCCCGUCCGUCUCUCCUUUGGCCUCGCCCCGCCGCCCGCGGUGUCGGGCCUGCGCGUUGAGGUCGACGGGGUCGACGCUUAUUCGAGGAUCAUCGCGGCCCACGGGGAAUCCGUCCUCGUAGAAAUCAGAGCAGUGAUCGAAACAGACUAUGACUUCCGUUGUGACAUGAACUACUUCAUCUAUUGUGCCGGCGACGCCGCAGAGGACCCAUCCCGGCCGCCGUCUCUGUCGCUCCUGCCCCCUUGCUACCUCACCGAGCAAUACGAGGGGAGGCAGAAGAAUAAGCGAGAUAUGCCUGAACGUGGCACCGCGCUCCUGCGCCGCGGCCACGGCGAGGUGCUGGUGGCGGCGCUGGGUAUCCUUGUUAAGGACCAAGAGCCGGUGCAGGCGGAGCUCUGCAUGCUCCGAUCCGGCGAGCAUGAGUGGGAGCUCAAGCGGCUGCCGGUCACCCACGACGAAGGCAAGCUGCAGGAAAUCUCCUGCUGGGACACCGACAAGGCUGUCCCCAUCGGCAAUCGGUUCUUAUUCUGGGUAGACUACUACCGCGGCAUCAUCUACUCCGACCUGUGGGAGGAGACGCCAGAGCUGCGUUACAUGUCUCUUCCGGUGAAACCCGAUCCCAGUAGAUACCACAAGCACGGGCGCCAUGGGGCGUCCUACCGGAGCGUAGGCGCCACCGACAGCGGGGACGUGGUGAGGUUCGUGGAAAUCUACUCCCGUUGCUGUUGUGGCUGCCGUGGCCCUACCAUGUGCGCUCGCUCCAGCUACGCCUUCAACAUAACCACGUGGGCGUUGAGGAUGGACGACAUGACAACGUGGGACAAGGUCAGCAUCGUUGACUGCGAUGAGCUCUGGUCCCUCCCCGGCUACCACGGUGUCGUCCCACGCAUCAUGCCGGAGUACCCCACCGUGAGCUCUAACGACCCCGACGUGCUCUACUUCAUGGUGCAAAAGAAACAGCGCCACAUGGAAGACGUCGACGGCGACCUUGCCGUACGGCUGAUCGAGUUCCACACGAGACUCCUGGAGUUGCGGUCUGUCGUGUGCUACAACAAGGACUCCUUCUACUUCCCCGAUUUCUUUUCCUCCGCUGUCUCCCGAUACUUCGACGCCUACUCGUGCAUUUGUACCAUAGCAAUGCGCCAUCAACAAGCAGCGAGACCAAUUAAACUGAGCUUGCCGGAGGUGGCGGCAAAGGCUUCACCUGGAGAGAUGUUGAUGACGCUUCGGGAGAUACCUGACUUGGCGCCUGAUGACAUGCUAACAACAUAUAACAUGCUUGUGUGUGAUGAGAGCCCGUUCAAGUUCAUGUGUCUUUUGGCGCUUCCGAUGGACAUGAGAAAGGGUUACUGCCUGUUGCUCAUGGGAACCUAGAUGAA